CUAAGUUAAUUUUGUUCAGCAACGGUUUGAAACUCCAUUAUAUGUCCAGUACUCAAAGUUUGUACAGUUUUGUAAUUGCCGUCGAAAGUGGACGCCUUUGCUUAGAAGAAUUCUAGCUCUUGUGUUUGUUUCUUAUAAAAGCGAUCACUAAGAAACUCCAACCUAAAAGUCAACAAGACUCCAUCUCCGCCUUUUUCUUUGAAGUGGGUCUCCAUUUAAUUUACUUCUCAUCAACAUUCGAGUUGCCUGCAAAAAAAUCGUAACCUAAGCAUGGCUUCUCAAGCGCAUCUCGACAAGAUGCAGCUCCGUCAGAAUUACAGGAAUGUCUGGCACACUGAUCUCAUGCGAACCAUCCAAGCUGACACUCCAUAUUGCUGCUUUUCGUUUUGGUGUGGACCAUGUGUGUCUUACUUACUCCGUAAACGAGCUCUUUACAAUGAUAUGACAAGGUAUGUCUGCUGUGCUGGUUAUAUGCCCUGUAGUGGCAGGUGUGGUGAAAGUAGGUGCCCGGAAUUUUGCCUUGCCACAGAGGUAUUCCUUUGCUUUGGAAAUUCAGUGGCCUCUACCCGAUUUCUGUUACAGGAUGAAUUUAACAUCCAGACAACACAAUGUGAUAACUGCAUCAUUGGUUUUAUGUUUUGUCUCCAACAAAUUGCAUGCAUAUUCUCCAUUGUUGCAAUGAUUGUUGGAAGUGAGGAAAUUUCCGAGGCUUCUCAGUUGCUUUCGUGUUUGGCUGAUAUGGUGUAUUGCACGGUCUGCGCCUGCAUGCAGACGCAACAUAAGGUCGAGAUGGACAAACGAGAUGGAAAAUUUGGGCCUCAAGUGAUGGCAGUACCACCCCCUCAGCAGAUGUCUCGCAUUGAUCAGCCGAUUCCUCCCUCUGUUGGUUAUGCACCUCAAACAGCAUACGGACAACCCUAUGGUUAUCCACCUCCUCAGGCUCAAGGCUACCCCGCGACUGGUUAUCCUCCUCCGUCCAAUUACCCGCCACCCGGUUAUCCAGCUUCGUCCAAUUACCCGCCACCCGGUUAUCCACCUUCCGGCUACCCUAAGUGAUCUUUUCGCCAUGAUGAAUACCCUAAAAGAGAAUUUUAGAGUACGCGAUGCUUAUGAUUUGAUGUUGAUGAACUCCAAAUUUAUAAGUCGUGUAUUGAGUGGGAUUGAGCUCUUCGGUUUAUUUAACAUGAGAGGUAAAUAUACAGUACAAAAUUCGUGUGUGCUUUGAUUUUAUUUUUAUGUGUGUUAUAACAACUGAAAACUGAUACUUGAUCGUAGCUCUCGUACAUUUAUAUUUCUUGCAUUUGCAAACCUUAUGAGUAAUGAGGAACUGCACUUACUGUUCU